ACAAACAAAACUUGGAUAUAGCUCUAAUCCAAGAACCGUGGGUACGUGACAGAGUCAUUGAGGGACUCCAAGAUGUUAAUGUUCACUACCACCGAUCUCGUUGCGAUCUGGACCAAGGUGCCAACAGACAAAGGCGAGCACGAGGUAAUCAUUGCCUCUGCCUACCUUCCAGGAGAUGAGGAAACUGCUCCAACAAGGGAACUUGUAGCCCUAGUCAACUACUGCAAGGAGAACCACCUACGCUGGAUAAUAGGAUGCGAUGCGAAUGCCCAUCAUACGAUAUGGGGCAGCACAAACAUCAAUGCGAGAGGUGAGUGCCUUCUUGAAUUCUUACUUAGAUAUAAUGUAUCAAUAGUAAACCGAGGCAAUGAACCAACAUUUAGGAAUGCAAUAAGGGAGGAAGUACUUGAUCUUACCCUAUGCAGUCCAAAUGUACUAUCAGAAGUCUCAAAUUGGCAUGUGUCCGGGGAAGCAUCAAUGUCGGACCACAGUCUUAUCAGGUUUGACUUAGGUGCUACCUUACCGCACAUAACAAUUUACAGAAAUCCAAGGAAUAUAAAUUGGAAUGUCUUUCACUUUAACUUAGAACAAAGUGCUAACUACUCUAAGCAUCACCUGGUGCUUAAAUCUGAGCUUGAGAUGGAGCGACGGUUGGCUGGCGGUUCAGUAAUGAAUGACUUGUCAGGCGGUGCUGCAGGCGGUGCUGCUACUGCUGCCGGUGGUUGUGGUGGCUUACUUUUCAAUUAA